UGGGGGAAGAUGGCGGCGGCUGCUUGUGUAGUGUGUCGAUCUAAUGUGCUUUUAGUGUUUGAUGUAAGUCGUGCUUUCAGUUUAUCAUGCUUUGUUGGUGCUGGACCAUGUAAUAAGGGCAGCUGGUCGCGGCGGCUCCACUACCCCAGUCGCAGACUGUGUUCCACCCGGCAACGGCCGGACAGCCCGCCCCCGGCACGGCCGGGCCCUCUGUCGCCGGCCCCCACAGACGAGGACAUCGUGGGCAUCGCGGGUGAAGUGAGUGUGGAGUACUUCAGAGGCUUACCUCAAGUGACUGUCCCUCUGCCAUCUCGCCGGGAGCGGUGUCGAUUUACUCUUCGACCUGUCAGUAACACUGUCGGUGAUUUCUUGGCCAUGUUGUGCCACGAGGACCAUGGCAUCGACCGAGUGGCUGUCAGCAGUGUAGACGGAGUUAGAAUCGCGUCCUCCAAUACAAUAGAAGCUCUGAUGGAGGAUGAUUUCAAACUAAUUGUCAACGACAAUGUCUACUUAGUAAAAACUCCUCGGCAAGAGAGGCUGACAAAGGAAGAAGUCCGUCAGUUGUCAGAUGUCAGGAAUUUGGUGAAUCAGUUGUAUGAGGCACUCAAUGUAGAGGAACAUCAGUUGAACAAGGAACGCGAACUGUGUGGCCAACUGGAGGAGCUCAAAGUAGAGCUUGAACCUCUUGAACAAAAGCGACAAGAAUUGGAGACCGUAGCAGAGCGACGUACCACUAUCCUCACAUGGGUGGGCCUAGGCCUGAUGUCUGUGCAGUUUGGUAUCCUGGCUCGUCUCACUUGGUGGGAAUACUCGUGGGAUAUCAUGGAGCCUGUCACAUACUUCGUUACAUAUGGCACAGCAAUGGCUGCAUAUGCAUACUAUGUUCUAACGAAGCAGGAGUAUGUUCUGCCAGAUGUGAAGGAUCGCCAGCACUUGAUCAUCCUGCAUAAACGUGCCCGAAAAGUUGGUCUCGACUUGGAUCGCUACAACGAAUUGAAAGACAGUAUCUCGCGAAUAGAAGCAGACAUCCAGAGGUUACGUGACCCCCUCCAACUGCACCUGCCGCCCAGCCAUCAGCCAACUGACCAGUCUAGGUCACCAUUUCAACGAGCACAGAAGCGGCUGCAGUAUCUCCUGAACAAAACCAAAAUGGCUUCAUAAUGCUGAAACCUGUUGGCUAGAUCACCUCAUUCAUCUUCCAAUAGCCUAAUCCCAUAACCAACCAAAGUACCAUAAAGCACUAAGCACUCACUUACGGAGGUAAUUUUUUGUGCUUAGGAGAGGUACAGGUAAUUUUUGUCAUGGGAAAGUUGGCUUUGGUUAGAAGAAGGUGGGAAAAAGCCACCUUUGUUUCAUAGUGUUCAUUUUCCUUUAGAGUAAAGUAUUCUGCUUGAUUCAACAUUGCUAAUAUUUCACUUUGAUAUCCACAAAUCAGUUCUUCCAUAAUUUACUGAUCCUCUGUCUUUUCAAUUUCCUUGUAUUGUGUCAGUAUGGGAAUUCUGUCAAAGACAGAUUUACAGUGUCAUACCAUGAGGAAAGUAAUGUCACAAAAUUAUGCAUGUGUACCCUAAUUAAUUUCUGGAAGAGAUGGGGCACCAGAUUUAAGGGCAAAUGUGCAUUCAGAGUGUUGGAACCAUUAUAAAAUGCCAAGCACUUGCAGUGAGUCUCAGGCCGGCUGUUACAGGUUUGUCCUUUUCUGUGUUGCAAUAGAUGAGCACAGUGUAGGAGUGAUAUAAACAAAAAAUCACAGGAAGGAGUGA